AACACGAAACCAUAAUUAUUUUACCUCUUUUUAAUUCUCUUUAUUAUUCUCUUUCUCUUUCCCACUUACUUUCAAAAUCACAAAACUGCCAUCGCCGCUGCAACCAAACUCCGGCAACAUCCUGCCGCCUCUAAAUUCCGUCUCCGCCGUCUCUAAUUUCAAUCCAAAUUUCGAGAAGAAGGUGAUUCAAUUCAAUCACUGGUUUAUUUAUUUAGUUUUUUUUUUUUCUCUAUCUCGUUGAUUCGUUCUUUUAUGUGUUUAGUUUUAAUCUGAUCGGAGAAACUGAAAUUAUCAGUAGAAGAUGUGAAUUUAAAUUACAUUGAAAUUGAGUUAGGUUUUUAUUAAUUUUCCUUUUUUGGAUUUUUUUUUCUAUAAUUUUUUUCUCGAUCUUGAUUAAUUAUGAUCACAUUAUGCUUGAAAUAGUUUAGGUUUUUCAAUUAUUAUUUCCUUUUUCAAUUAUUUGUUUUCUGAAUUUUCAUUGUAAAAAAUUGAGAAAGUUUUGAAUGUGUUUAUUGUUUUAACGAAGAAUCUGGGAGUAAAAUUUAAUGAAGUUUUAAUCUCUAGUACUUGUUUUGUUCGAUAACACUUAACCGUGUCUUCAGUAAGAGAGACAUGAAUCUGUAUGAAUCCAGACAUUUAUUUGUCAUAGAUCUCUGUUCUGAAACCUUUUGUUUUGUUUCUCUUCAAUCAAUUUUCCAGGUUAAUAAUUUUUUCACUUUUUCCUUCUUGGAUUUCAGCAAUAUUCUUCAUAUAUACUGUCAAAAAUCGAAAUUACCACUCUGCAAGUCUGCAUAAUUUUUUUCUAUUUUUUUUUAAUUAUUUUUUUUUGUUUUCACUAUCAGUUUAAUCUGUUUCGGGGUCAGUUGUGUCGGUUGUGGCAUCAAGUGGUUCCUGCCCCCUCCCGAUCGCAGUUGCAGGGGAUCGAAUCAUGAUUCUCCCUACCAAGUUCAGUGCAAUCACCACUGAAGCAACUAACGAUCGGUUAUUAUUUUCUUUUUUGUUGUAGCAGAAAAUGGUGCCUGUGUAUCAUGUUAGGUUUACACAAUAGUUUUAUGGGGAUGGACAAUGAUCAUCACUGCACGUGGAUCUCCUUGUCUUUGCCCAUUUCCCAAACAACAAUAACACCAUCAAGUUCAAACUUCUACCUUCAAUUAAAUUAACAAAAUAAUAUAAAAUAUUAUGCAGUAUAGAAUACAAACAAAAUGCAUUAAUUAAUUGUCUCUAUUGAAUAUAAUAUUCUGUUUGCAAAUUUAUACUACAAAGUUAGUUACUAUAUGGUAGUAAUUAUUAGUUCAUUUCAUCUAAGGAAAAAGUUACACAUUGAUUAAUUGCUACUUAGUUGUGUUAUGAGUUAUGAAUAUUUAUUUUUAGGCCUGCAAUGCAAGUUAUGGUAUCACUUUCAUUGAAUUCCCUUUCAUGAAAAUGAGUUGAGAGAGAAGAAGAAAUAGGGACAGAGUGUGUUUGUGUGGAGUGAACCUAUUUGCCAGCCCACAAGACCAUGGCAUUCCCGUGAGAGAGACAAAAGGGGAAAAAAUAAAGCUUCUAUAACACUAAGUAUUUUCUCUUUCUUAUCUUAUAUGCCCUCUAUUAUUCCAUUUUAGUUCCCAGUAUCCCUAAUUUUUAAGGGCCCCCCCUUCCUCAGCAAAUCAACUUUUUUGUUUAAUCUUCAGUUAAACAUAAACCAACUUUUAAUGAUAAAAAAAACGUUAAAUGUACGUUGAGACAGUUUCCGCUAGUUUCUCUCAUCCAUUACACCAGAUGUUGUUUUCCCUCUCCAUAUUCUUCUUGCCGUGUCCUGAUCUUGUUGGAUUCGGUAUUUCUUUCAUGAAAAAAACAUACCCACUUGAUUUAUUUGCUUGUGAUUUGAGAAUUUCUUCUUCAACAGAUCUGAGUCACUGUAAAGAUAUUUAUUGCAGAGAAAAGGAUCUUCUUUCUGGGUAAUCUGCGCUGUUCAUUUAUUCCAUUGGAUUGUUAAAGUUUCUAUAUUUGGUUUAGUUUAAUGAAAACUUCCAUCAAUGUGGUCUGAUUGGGAUAGAGUGGAUGGAUGUUUGUGAAUCAGAGCAAGCAUUACAGAAACAUAGAACCGGGGAGAGCCCGAGACGACAUCCUUUGGUUUCAGCUGAAAAGAACAAUGCAAUCACACCCAGGAGGUCUGGAACUAGGGAAGUUAGGUCAAGGUAUAAGUCACCUACUCCAAUUCCUAUUCCGGCAUCUCCAUCUGGUCCUCGUCGAUGUCCAUCUCCAUCACCUCGUCGAUGCCCAUCUCCGUCUCCAAACAGCUUUACAAGAACGGCUGCAUCGUCUAAAUUGUUGCCCAAGAGAGCUCAAUCAGCUGAGAGGAAGCGGCCUGCAACACCUCCUUCCCCAUCAAGUCCUUCUACGCCCAUCCAGGAUGAAGUGCAUAUAAACAGAAGGGUAGCCGGUAGUCGUAUGACAGAGAGUUUAUGGCCUUCAACAAUGAGAAGUUUGAGUGUUUCUUUUCAGUCAGAUACCAUUUCGAUACCUGUGAGUAAGAAAGAGAGGCCUGUUACUAGUGCUUCUGAUCGUACUCUACGGCCAACUUCAAACGUGGCACACAAGCUGGUUGAAACACCAACUGCGCGAAAGCCUACACCAGAGAGAAGGAGGAGUCCUCUUAAAGGGAAGAAUGCUUCUGAUCAGUCUGAAAACUCGAAACCAGUUGAUGGUUUGCAUUCUCGAUUGAUAGAUCAGCACCGGUGGCCAAGCAGAGUAGGUGGGAAGGUAUCUUCUAAUCCCUUAAAUAGAAGUGUUGAUCAUUCAGAUAAGAUGCCCAGAACGCCCAGAACGUUGAACAGUUCUGUUCCAGGAACUGAUGCAUCUUCACUAAGAAGAUUGUCGUUACCAGGUGAUCUAAGUAAGCCCUUGCAAAAAACCUCUACUGAUGUUGCAAAGCUACUGUCGCUUGUUGAAAAUGGUAGAAUAGGAAGUGAGGUGAAAUCAUUUGAUGACAGCUUCCACGUAUUAAGACCUAUCAAAACUGUUGCCACUUCAUCCGAUAAAUUAUCAUUUGCUGGAGUCAGAUCUCAGACCGUGACAACUCCAGGGUCACGUCCCGCCUCACCUAGUAAGACCCCAAUGCUAUUCUCUAGUUCAAGAGGCCUCAGUCCAUCUCGGUCAAGGCCAUCAACUCCUUCCGGAGGAGUUAGUCCAAGUCGAAUAUGGGCAACCAAUUCAUCCGACCAAUUCAACAAUUCAAUUUCAGUGCUUAGCUUUAUUGCCGAUUUUAAAAAAGGGAAAAAAGGUGCAGCCUAUGUCGAAGAUGCUCACCAGUUAAGACUUAUGUAUAACAGAUACUUGCAAUGGAGAUUUGCCAAUGCGAGAGCAGAGGAUGCAUUUUAUGUCCAAAAUGCAAUUGUGGAGAAAACUUUGUAUAAUGUAUGGAGCACUACUUUGUCUAUGUGGGAGUCGAUUACUAGGAAGAGGAUCUAUCUCCAGCAGCUGCAGCUUGAGCUGAAGCUGAAUUCUAUUUUGAGUGAUCAAAUGACCUACCUUGAUGACUGGGCUGCUCUUGAAAGCGAUCAUGUUGAUGCUCUAUGUGGGGCUGUAGAAGACUUAGAGGCAAACACUCUUCGUCUUCCGCUGACUGGAGGGGCAAAGGCAGAUUUUGAGCACUUGAAGCUUGCUAUCUGUUCAGCUGUUGAUGUCAUGCAAGCUAUGGGAUCUGCAAUCCGCCCUUUACUAUCACGGGUGGAGGGCAUGAAUAACUUAAUUUCUGAAGUUGCUAUCAUAUCAGCGCAGGAGAAAGCCAUGCUUGAUGAAUGUGAAGCGCUACUGGCUUUUGGAACGUCUAUGCAGGUCGAGGAAUAUAGCCUUCGUACGCAUCUCAUGCAGAUCAAGCAAGCUUUGGAUGUAAACAAGUAACCAAACUCGGAAAUUUAGACACAUAUAUGAGCCUGACCUGCUACCAAGCUAACAAGAAAUAGUCUCUUUGAGGCUGCAACCAAAGUGGUAGUAUUAGUAUGUAAAUUUUUGCAAUAGGUUUCUAUUUUUUUGUUCCACUCCUCCCUCAAAUAUGUUGGAAUUCAUAUUGUCCAAUUAAUAUAUUUUUCUUUCUAGUCAACACCGGUGGCCCGAGCCUUCCACUUGUAAUUUUGUAUCAGGCAAAUGAAAAGAAAAUGCAAAGCAAAUGAGCAAAAUAGUCCAUAUUUACAA